AAUAUGUCGGCAGGCAAGUCGCGGGCGUUUGCCCGCAAAAUGAUGGAAUACCAACAACCCAGCAGUUCUUCAUCUAACAACAGCAACCCACACCGACCUCUAAGUCAAAGGUCAUCAGUCGAUAUGCCUCAAGGUCAAAUGAGGUCAACAUCCGUGGCUUCUGUGAAUUCAUCGAGUACAUAUAGUGAUAUGGAUAAUGUGUUUCAAGCUAUAGCUGAUCCAUAUGCGUCACAGAAGGGAAGUUUCAGAAGUUCGUCUUCAAGGGGAGCAGGAGGGAGUAAUGCAGGAAGUGGCUCCUACAACAGUGGACAUCUAAACAGACCUCAAUUACUGUCACCCCUCACACCAUCUGGAUCAGGGGUGGGACUGGGAGGGGGGCAACAGAUGUUCUUUCCCAAGCCAGUCGAACAACCGAUGUCACAAGCCCAAAUGCACCCUCAGUACCCUUUGACUGAAGGGGUCAUUGACCCCUCUGACUUUGAGGUGCUAGUGGUUCAAUGUCCGACUGAGAUAGCAGAUUAUCCAGACAAUGACCUUCAGGUCGAAUAUCAAAAAGUGCAGCAGAACCAGCGAACGAGCAGUUUGAUAGAGGACUCGACACCAUCCGAAUUCCAAGAGGUCAAUCAACAGGUAGCUGACUGUCUGCAUCAGUACAAGAAGAGACUCGCCAUAAUACACAGAGCAUACGCAGCCUACAGUCCCCAGUUUUUCAACCCAAAUAUACACCUCCACAAAGUUCUGAGAAUGCUCUCGAUGCUUCCCUACGAGGAGAAGGCAGGCGAGGAUACCCUGACUAGACCCACUAGUAGUCUCUUCCUCCAGUCUCAGAUGUCGGAGGCGGGGGGAGAAAUUAAUCAGAUUGAGCAGUUGAUGAAGUUGAUCAAGGAGGAUGUAACAGAAACCGUGAAUAGUUGCAGGGAAAUUCGGCAGCUCAAAAGAUUCCCGGAACUGAUGAGUUUGUUCAUGCUUGACGUCGCCCCGCCAGCCAUAGACAGAAGCCUCCGACCAGAUUUAGACCAACCAGUGUCCCACAUCUCAGUCAAGUGCAUAAAACACGAUACAAAACUUAACUUCGAACCUUUAUUCUUCUCUGUGUUUUUGUACGACUUGAAACACAGACAUAAGUUAUCAGAGACCUUUCAUUUCGACCGACUGGAACCCUGGAUGUUCCAGAAGUUGAAGAAUCAUAUCAGAACUAACGAUUUAGACGUGACAACAAGAAUCCAGGAAGCGAUUUUUUCUUUGUCUCAACCUUCAGACGAGCUCUACAUUGUAGUGAGAAUUGAGAAGAUUCUUCAAGCAGGUGAUAUUCAAUCAGCUUGCGAACCAUACAUGCACGUAGAAAAGAAUCUGAAAGCCCUUGAAAAACUGAAAACACAAUCUUCGUUUUGGUGCGAAACUCUAGGAGCUUAUCGGAUGCCGUUUGCUUGGACUGCGACAAAUUUAAUAGCAGCGAUAAAAAGUAGCGAAAGCCAAACUAGCGAGUUAUACCAUCAAUCGUUAUCGAGUCCGCCAUUACCGAAUGAUGAAUCAAGUUCGGAAAUGUCCGGAACCGACUCAUAUAGAAGUCAGUCUUCUUCUAGUUUGAGUCGUAAAACAGGAGCUUCGUUGUCCAAUAAGAUUCCAGGAAUUACCGACGGAUCCGGUUCAAAUAAUGGCUCAUCAAAAAGUAAAAUAAUGCAAAGAGCCUCGCUAUUUAUGAAAAAUGAUGAGAACUUUUCAACCUUUCUGACAAAUUUCCACCCUCUAGAUUUGCGAUUCAAAUCGUUUUUCAUUCAAGAUUUGGAUAAACUUUCAGAUGAAGACAUCGCGACUUGCUUGUCGGAGUUCAAAAAAGACAGAGGAAAGAAAUUCAAAUCAAUUGACAUCGAAUUAUCGCUUGAUAUUAGACCAGUUUAUCUACCCGUUGUCAAAUAUUUAACACCCGACUUACAAAUUAUAAAUUGCCAACCUGCCGAAGCUCCGAGUUGCAAAAUGAUCUUAGGUUUCCCUGUUUCACCCGUGGCGAAACCUUAUUCGGAGUAUAUAAAUUUAAUAUUCGUAUACCCUAAACAUCUGAAUUUAUCAUCAAAAACAGGAACAGCCCGGAAUAUUUUGAUGAAGGUCAAAUUAGCCCAAGGUACUCAGCACGGACCGCUAAUUUUGACCCGAAUUUCCGGACGUUCUACCGAUUCGCCCUUGAAAGAUGUUGCGCUUUGCCAUGUGAAUUAUCACUCGAAAGUUCCGAAGUUUUACGAGGAAAUCAAAAUUCAACUACCUGCGACGUUAGGCCAAUUGCACCAUCUGCUGUUUGAAUUCUACCACAUAACGUGUAACUCGAAUAAACGAGAGAUUGGCGAAAAUGAAACGUUCGUCGGAGCUACCUGGUUGCCGUUACUUGACGACAAUAAACGAUUAGUGGUUGGGGAUAUUAGCCUACCAGUUUCGAGCGAAAGAUUACCCUCUGAUUACUAUAGAGUCCAUCCAAGAGUUCAAUUGCCGACUAUCAAAUGGCUAGAUGGGCAUAAAGAUUUAUUCUCAGUUAGCUUAAAAGCCCAUUCUUCUGUCCAUACAAUGGACGCACCUUUGGAUAACUUCCUGAAGCAUUACUCGGCUGUUUUCGGCAAAGCGGCCGUUUCGUCUAUAAGCAAACAUGAAGCAAUCAAAAUGUGUUCAGGACUUAACAAUGCGAUCGAAUGUCUGAAAAAAGAAGUUUCAAUGGGUUCAUUGAUUCAUUUUUUGCACGUUACUCUUGAUAAAUUGCUAUCGUUGGUUGUUCGGAAACAGACAUUAUGCGGCGAGCCUUCGAAUUUCGCCCAUAAUGCUUUUGAAGCGUUAGUGGAAAUUGUCGAUAAUUUACACAAGGCGAAUAUUAAUACGUAUAUCGAUGGGUUCAACCGAGUUCAACUUCUGUUGUCAUAUGUGAAGAAAAAUGUAGACGUGAACGAUUUUCAGUAUGACUCAAAAGGCGAAAAAGUUUUUGAUUCGGGACAAUUUCAAACCCCAGAAAUGAUGUCAGGCCUUAGCAGGAAAACUUUGCAUACGGAACUUUUGAUUCAAAUAAUGUCAGCGAAAAACGAGCGAGCAAAGUUGAUGCAAAGAAUUUGGUUUUUCUUCGAAAUUGUGAUCAAGAGUUUGGCGAACGAAAACGUGCAAAACGUAGAGUUAGGGUUACCAAGAUUGCAUUCGUUUGAUGAUUGCUUAAACGGUGACAUUGGAUCAGUCAUAUCAAAUGUAACCGAAUACAUUUACCAGCUUUGCAAGGAUAGUAAAGACGUUAAAAACGCGAAUUAUUUGAACUUUUAUUUAGCGUUUUUCGUGUCAGAUCUGUUUUCAGUUUGCAAUCGAUUUUGGGUGUUCAGCUAUAUCAAAUCAUACAUAAUGAGAAUGAAUUCUUUCAUCGAUUCACAAGUAAGAGGCAUGGGAGAUCCUGCUACGUUAAUUUCGCUCAAACUUGAAUUCCUACGAGUUGUAUCAACCCACGAGCAUUUUGUAAUCCUAAAUCUCCCAUUUUACUCCGAAUCAGCUAAUAUGUUUGACAUUCCAUCAUUUAGAGCAUCGGCAUUAUCGUCAGUAUCGCAAAUGUCGACUAGCACGUUAUCGGCCGAUUCUGUUAUUGCCGAUACUUUAUCGGUAGACUUCAAACAAAAUCAUUUCCUAAUGGGACUUCUGCUGCAAGAGUUUAAACUCUUAUUACCUUCGGGUUUGCAAACGGGGCAAAAAUUGAUAGUCUCAAUUUUGAGCCAAAUCGCCCAGUUCAUAGACAAAGAUACAAGAUAUAACCAGCCGUUUAUAAAAGCAAAAGUUGUUGCUUUGUUUCUACCGUUGAUCAAAAUCGUGAUUCUAAAUAAAGAUCUUCUCUGCGAAGGUCCAAAACCAUUUUUAGACUCGGCCUUCAGAAGCGCGGAAGCUUCAUCAGAGCUAGAAAGCAAGAAAAACAAGAUAGCCGGUAUCGAAAUGAAUUCUGGCUCGUCUAACGCACCAUCGAGUGUUCUAACCCCGGAACUAACUCGGAACAUUCUUUCCCUUUUCUUGUGGGUUUUCAAAAACCUGGACCCUGAACUUCUGUUCAACUGGUGGUCGGAACUUUCGGAGCAAAAUUUGGUCAAACUUUUCCAAGUUGUUCACAUUUGCGUUCAAACUUUCGAAUAUCGAGGCCGUGAAGUUUUGAACAAAGAGUCGAUCAAAAGCGAAGAAGCGAAGUUGAGCAUUGAAGGUUUCUUUUUUGGGAAUAUCGGAGCUAGAAAUGAGAUGAUGAAUCGACGCAGGCCUUACGCUUCUGGAGCGAGUUCACGAGCUCAAAGUGCGACCAGCUCAUUAGUUAGGAAUCGCUGGGAUAAGAAUGGUGGCAGCUCCUCGACGUUUGAUGGAUCUGCCGAUGAUAACGAACGACUUAUUUUCGAGUCGAACGUGUGUUGUGAAACUAUUUUAGUUUGCCUCGAUUUAACCGACUUCAUGUUGGAAAUCGUAAGUUUAGGGAAUGUUUCUAACUUCAUGACAAAGGAGUGUGUUGUGCUUUUGACUGAUGUUUUGUCGAGAAAUCAAACGCCUGAAGUUUACCUUGCAACUCUAAAUUUAGUUCGAAUCGCAAUCAAGGAACACGCUCAAUUUGUACUCCUAGACGACUCGGAAUUAUGCGCUGAAUUAUGUCUAAGGUUACUCAGAAUUAGUUGCAUGAAGGAUAUUAAUGUUCGAGCUCAAGCUACUAUUGUUUUAUAUUUCAUAAUGAGACUUUGUUUCGACCUGACAAGCGGAAAUUCACUUUCGAGGCUCAAAAUCCAACUUAUAGUUGCCUUAUCGUCAUUAGUUAACAUUUUGGACCAAGAUAAAGCGGCGAAUUUACAGAAAAGUAUUCAGAGUUUGAGUACUUACUCGGUUAAAGAUUCGGAGCUUUUACAAACUAGUUUUCCGUCUCAAAUUGAGGAUUUGGUUUCAAAUUUGAAAGGGAUUUUACUCAAUACGAUCAAAAUGCACGAGUUUGAUAAAGAUUUGGAAAUGCAUAUGGAUUUGAUGUACCAAGUUGCGAAAGGAUAUCAGAGCUCGAUUCAACUGCGACUUACGUGGCUCGAUAAUAUGAGACUGAAACACAAGGAACAUCAGAACUUCGCUGAAGCAGCCAUGUGUGCUCUUCAUUCGGCUGCUUUCGUUUGUGAAGGUCUGUACUCAAUCGAACAAGAUGAAACCUUACCAAUCGGAGCCACUGACUUCGAAGACAUCUCCCAGAAUGUUCUAGAAGAGUGCAUUUUCGACUACACUCCUCAAAGUUGGUCCUCAUUCAAUAAUUGUUUGUCGAAAGAAAAAGUUGUCACGCAUCUUGAAGAAGCUGCAAAAUAUUUCCACAAAGCUCAGUUAUUCGAGUUUUCGAUCAAGUGUUUCGAACGGUUAAUUGAAAUGCACGGAAAAAAUCCAAGGGAUUAUCGAAUUCUAAGCGACUACAACAUGAAAAUCAAAGAAAAUUGUGACAAAAUUCUAAAUCUCGAAGAAACUGGAAAAAGGUCUUUCAGUACUUAUUUCAGAGUCGGAUUUUACGGAAAGCUUUUUGAAGACCUUGACGGCAAAGAGUUUGUCUAUAAAGAAGCCCCGUAUGCGCAACUUUCAGUCAUUUCCAACAGAUUAGAAGCGUUUUAUCAAGAACGUUUUGGUCAGCCAAAUGUGGUCGAAAUCUUGAAAAGUUCGAAUCUAGUUGAGCGAAAUAACUUUGAUGACAAUAAAGCGUAUAUUCAAGUUACUUACGUUGAGCCUUAUUUUGACUAUUAUCGAGAUAUUGAAAUGUCGAAUAAUUUCGAGAGGAAUAAAAAUAUUAAUGAGUUUGUAUAUAAUAUUCCGUUUACGAAAAGCGGCCGACCGCAUGGUGGUUUGAAAGAGCAGUAUAAAAAGAGAGUUGUGUUGAAAACGGAACAGGUAUUUCCGUAUUUGAAGACAAGACUUGAAGUGAUUGGCAGAAGUGAAGAGAUUUUGACCCCUAUCCAAGUUGCGAAGGAAGAUCUGACUAAGAAACUGCAGCAGUUCGAGGCAGUGCUGCACAUCCCACCCGAAGAACGAGUCAUGUUUGACCCCUUGACCUCCAGCGGAAAGGUCAUCAAUCCAGGUGGUCCCCGGCCUGUAGACGGGAAGAGACUUCAACUGAUACUGCAGGGGUGCAUUGGGACUACUGUCAAUCAAGGACCCACUGAGAUAGCACUCACAUUCCUUAAUGUGGAUGACAUUGAUGCAGAUGGAGAUGGCGAGUGGACUUUGGAACACGACGAUCUCCGUUUACUCUUCAAAAAGUUCAUCAGGCUCUGCAAAAAAGGUCUGACCGAGAAUCGAAAAGUAAUCAAACCCGACCAAGUCGACUAUGAAGCACAGCUGCAAAAAGAUUUCGAGAAGUUAAAAGCAACUGUGAAUCCGUUAUUACAUAACAGAGGGCCUGGGUGGAUUAGCGGGCAGUUUGAUGACCUUGAUUUGACCCCAGAUGGAAGUGAUCCGCGUCCGUUGACCUCUAUAACGGGAGGUCAAGCUCUGUUUAGCGGAUACAUUCAGCAAGGCAGUUAUGACUAAUCUAAGUCAUGACAAGUUUAUGACGAGUUAAGAUAGUCAUAUGUAGUUUAUAAAACUGAUCUUUUAGACGAAACGGUUUGGAUAUUAUUGUAGAAAAUAGAUACUAGUUAUAAAU